AUGUUUUUGGUUUGUGGAGGGCACACUGGACGAUUUUUAAAGACUACAUACUAUACCAGCUUCCUUCUUCUCAUCAUACAGUCCUCUUUCCAAAUUGCAUUCAACUAUGUACCCAAAGAUUACCUCUGGGAGGACAUACUGGAACACUUUGGAAUUGUAAGACUCGCCAAUGUUGACCCUUGGAACAUUGUCCGCCUUCUUUCCUCAGACAUUGGGAUGUUUUUCUCUGGGUAUUUCAUCCGAAGCACCUGUAAGAAGCUGGUACGAUCGAGAGCUCCUAAACUUAGCGUCCGUGUCAGCAGUGAGGAAGAGGAGGAGGACGAGGAGUCUGAAACAGAGAGUGAGACAGAGGAGAGUGGGAAUGAGACAGAUUUCUCCACAGAUGAUGAAACCCUUGAAAAGGAUGCCAAUGACACUCGGGCAAAGUUGAUUGAGAAGAUCACAUCCUUAGUUGCUGCAAUGAAGCUGUUGUUUGAAGCCCUCUUUACUACUGCUGGGAAGGUGGUGGUCACCAUUCUCCUGGGCUUGUCUGGCAUCAUUCUGCCUUCUGUGACCUCUGCCCUGUAUUUCUCUAUCUUCAUGUUUUUAUGUUCAUGGUGGGCUUGUAACCGCAGUAUUAGCCUGGUGGUCUUUAGCAGCCUUUGUGUCAUGUCAGCCAUCUUCAGUGCUGGUCACUUGACAGCGGUUUACCUCUAUCAGCUCCCGUACUUUCAAGAAGUUAUCCCACCUCAGGAUUUGUUUGCUAGGCUUUUCGGAAUGACGGCCAUUAUCAGAACUAAUCAGACAGAAUCAUGGGUCAUCCAUCUUCAUCAAGGACUGCACUGGGCCAUCUUCACAAACCCAUUUAUGCUACUUAUUUUGUACUAUACAUUGGUCAUGUUACUGCAGCAGUGGGCCCAUCUUCCAGUGGAGGAUCCUGCUAUCAAGAAAGAAAAGCCCACUAGCGACCAACAGCACAUGGAUGGAAUGUUGUGGACCACCAAUGCUGAGCUGAUUCAACCUGGUUAUCUGAUGCCUAAUGGGUGGCAAGAAUUACCUCUGUUAAAAUGUGAAUUACAGCAAGCACACACAGACUUCUCAGUACCCAUAUACAUUGAAGAGGUAGAGGACCCUGAUGAAUCAGAAAACGUAGAAACAGAAGGGACUGAUACACCAGAGAAAAAGCCUGGCGGGAUUGCUGUGCUGGGUCAGUUUAUCAUGCGGCAGAGCUAUGUCAGUGCACUGAUUGCAAUGAUGAUUUGGAGCAUAACUCAUAACAGCUGGUUAACAUUUGUUCUAUUAUUAUGGUCCUGUGUUAUAUGGAUGAUGAGGGACCGCCGCCGCUAUGCCAUGCUAAGUGCUCCUUUCUUGGCUUCCUAUGCCAACAUUCUGGUCAUCCAAAACUUUUUUGUGGGUCUCAAUAUCUCCCAAGAAGAGCUGUUCCCUGGCAUACCUACAGCUGUCCUCAUUGACUUUGAUCUGAAGCCAUAUUCAAUGCCAUGUGUGCACCUUGGUCUAAAGAUCUUCUAUGCUCUGGUAUUUUGGGUACUUUUGCGGCAGAACUUGAAAGAGCGGCAAAUGGAAGGAGAUCAAGAAUCCCUAAAAGAGGUUUUAGUUGGAGAAAGUGAGGUAGAAGAACCCCCAAAUGCUUUCAUGGAGAUGGUGGGCUUGUUGGUGCGGGGUGUCCUGGGAAAGUACUGGAUUUACUUCUGUGGUGUCAUGUUUUUCGUCGUCAGUUUCAGCGGCAAGGUGGUGGUGUUCAAGAUCCUUUACAUUGUGCUGUUUCUCUUCUGUGUGGCCUUGUACAAAAUUCACUAUGAAUGGUGGAGGAGAAUCCUGAAGUAUUUUUGGAUUACUGUGGUUUCCUAUUCAAUGGUGGUCCUCAUUGCAGUCUAUGUCUAUCAGUUCAAGACCAUUUCUGGGUUUUUUCUCCAGAUCUUGGGCAUGUCGGAGGAAGGCCUGAAGGACAUUGGCUUGGAGCAGUACAGCACCGUGGAGCUAUUUGCUGGCAUACUGCUGCCCUCCUCCUUCCUCCUGGCCUGCAUCCUUCAGCUCUACUACUUCAAUGAGGACUUCUUGAAGCUCACAGAUCUCAAUAACAUCCCCAUCAAUGAAGGAGGCAUUAAUGAUGGUAAGAAGAAAAUGGAGAACCGGGUACUUAUUAUUUCUAACAUGAUAAAGGAAAACCUUGGCAGUCUACAGAAGACGCUGGAAGUUGAGAAACAAAAUAGCGCCAGUCAAAGCACACUGGAGAAGAUUGACGACAUUGUUGUGGAUCCAGAUUUGACCACAGACAGCACACAGUCUGCAGAGACCAACCCCUGGAUUCUUGUGAUUGACAAGUUAAUGUCCAUGCUCCUGACUCUGCUGAAUUUCAUCCAUGACGUGCAAGUCCUCCUGUGGAGGUUGCUAGAACUACACUUUCUCAAGAUUGUGUCUUCCAUGGUCAUCUGGAUCACUCUCAAAGAGGUGUCUCUGAUGAAUUGUCUUUUCUACAUGCCAUGGGUAUUUGCACUUCCAUAUUCACAUCUCCGCCCAUAUGCUUCCAACAUCUCUACCAUAUGGUCCUGUGUCAUGGUCAUCUGCAAGAUGAUGUAUCAGUUGAAGUUUGUUAAACCGCUUGAGUACUCCUCCAACUGCACAGAGGUCAGUAGAUACAAUACUGUUGCCAUUGACUGAAAAUCUGUGUUAUAUGUGGCACCCGUGGACCCUGCUUUGUGGUGUGGCGGUCUGCGAAAAUGUGCAGACGGUGUUUUGCCCUGCAUCCAGAACCAUCUUAUUGUUCUGGCUCUGAUGGCUAUUGAGGCAACAGUGUACCGGCACCAACUUUAUUACCGAGUACACAACAAGCUCAUCACUCCCAUUACUGGGAGCAUCUUUGACAAUAUCACACGGAAGAAUCUAGACGAUGGAGUUAUCAACUGCAUGAAGUACUUUAUCAAUUACUUUUUUUACAAGUUUGGACUGGAGGUUUGUUUUGUGAUCUCGGUAAAUGUGAUUGGACAACGGAUGGAUUUCUAUGCUGCUAUGCAUGCUGGUUGGUUGCUCUAUCUACUUUACCUGCGUCGACGAAAAACCAUAGCGGAGGUCUGGCCAAGAUACUGCUGCUUCACUGCCAGCAUAAUGACUCUGCAAUACAUUAUUUGUAUUGGUAUUCCUCCAGCAUUCUGCACAGAUUAUCCAUGGCGUUCAUUGCCAGUGAAGCCCAGCUCCAACCUCAUCAAGUGGCUGUACCUUCCUGAUUUUGCCAAGGCUCCAGAUCCAAAAUUCCUGCUUUAUGAUGCCAUGCUACUGCUCUUUGCCUCCCUGCAGUGCCAGGUGUUUGAGGAUGAGAACCUGGCUUCUGUCCGUAUGUUGGCUGGGGACAACAUUGAGAUCAGUAAGGAUUUGGAUCCAGGAGACUUGUCCCAGUACAGCCCUGUUCCUAAUUUUUUACACUGCAGGUCUUACCUAGAUAUGGCUAAAGUGGUUGUGUUCAGCUUCCACUUCUGGUUCGUGCUGUGCUUAAUCUUCAUCACCGGAACAACCCGUAUAAACAUCCUAUGUAUGGGAUACCUGAUGGCCUGUUUCCACUUCAUGUUGUUUGGGGGCAGCCUUCUGCUGAAGCCAGUCCGCCAUAUGCUAAAGCUGUGGAACUAUCUUAUUGUCUACACAGCCUUCGUCAUCACCAUGAAGAACCUGCUUUCAAUUGGUGCCUGUGCCUACCUGGACAAACUGAUGAAGAAUAACUGCUGGCUCAUCCAGACGUUUAGCAUGUUCUGCACCAUCAAAGGAUACGACUUAAAUAUCCCAUCGGAAGACCCAUGUGAGCUGCCUGAAAAUGAAGCAGGAAUUGUGUGGGAUGCAAUCUGUUUUACUUUUCUUCUGAUACAGCGCCGUGUGUUCUGCAGCUAUUACUUCCUGUAUGUCGUAGCAGAUCUGAAGGCUUCGAAACUCCUGGCUUCCAGAGGAGCAGAACUGUUUGAAGAGAAAAUUAAGAAGGUUGUGGCGGUACGUCUAGAAGAAGAGAAGAAAUGUUCCCAGGCAAUGAAAAAGCAGAUGGAGCAGAUCAAAUCCAAGCAGAAGGCAACCGAUGAGGCAAAGACUCGGAAAGGGAGUGCAGCUGAAGAUUCCUCUGAGUCAUCAGCAAAGGACAAAGAAGAAGGCGAUAAAAAAGAAAAAGAUGGAAAAAAGAAGUGGUGGCAGCCAUGGAUGUCCCACACCACAAUGGUUCGUAGUGGAAGCUACACCCUGUUCGAUACAGACAGUGAGGAUGAAGAGGAAGAGACUCGAGAGGAAAAGCGAGAAGAGGAACCCCCUAAAAAGAAAACUGCAUUUCAGCUAGCAUAUGAAGCCUGGACCACCAACUCUAAGUCUGCUCUGAACCUGCGGAAGAAUGAUGAGAUUACAAUCCGCAAAGAGAUGGAAAAGCAACAAACGGAAGGAAAGUCAGAGGAAUGCCAGCGUGAUGAAACAGAGACAGAAAGCCAGGAUGAUAAUGUAGAAGGGCCGGAGAAUAUAAUUCAGAGGAUCAUCAAUAUCGUCAAGUUCUCCUGGGUCUUCAUCCAAGCUCUCGCAGAUGACCUCAUUGAAACUCUCAACGCUUUCUGCAAGGACAGUGUAGACAUUGCCACGGUGCUGAAGAUGGAGCGCUGUAUGCUGCAGAGGAACCUGAACAAGGGUAAAGAAGCCUCACAGGAUUGCAUAUCAGAGUAUUAUAAAGCCAUACAGCUAUCACGGACUCACACCUUAUCCAGCGAGGAAAACGAACAACACAGCAAUCCUGUGGAAGAGUCCAUUCCCCCCAAGAGGCUAGAGAUCUGUAAGAUCCUUAGUGUGGAGUCUCAGCAGUCUCAGGACAGUUUUGUUUCCAGCUGUGUCACAGAAGAUUUAGUCCUAUCUUAUGAAGACCCUUUGUGUUCUGUAGACAGCCCAAAACGUCGGCUUCCCCAUCGCAUGCAAGCAUUUGACUCCUCUUCAGUUGAUAGCUUGGAUUCAAGUCCUGAGCAUCUUGAAGAUGAACUGCCUUCUGGUCAGGAUGGUGGUGGAGACUAUGAAGGGGAUGAAGAGAUGACCGAGCAGACGAGGACCGACAUCCCACCUUCCUAUAGCACAGUCAUCUGUAAGGAAGACCAGCUGCCUUCAGAAACCGAUGAGUCCUCAAGCAGCAAACCACUCGCAGACGUCCCCCAGUGUCUAACUGCUAGUCAACUUCUGCUCAACAAGAUGUAUUUUGAUGAGGAGCUGGAAGAGUCGGAUAGGUUUUACCAGAGUCUUCCUCGCCCACUGCGUCUUGGCUUUGCACUCUAUAACACCGUCGUGUCCAAAUCUGAAAUGCUAUGUUACUUUGUUAUCAUUCUCAACCACAUGGUGUCUGCUUCCAUCCUCUCUUUAAUCCUGCCCAUUCUCAUCUUUCUCUGGGCGAUGCUGUCAGUACCGAGGCCUACCAAACGCUUCUGGAUGACUGCCAUUAUCUACACUGAGAUUACAGUUGUCCUGAAGUAUUCUUUCCAGUUUGGUUUCUUUCCAUGGACUUCCACAGUGAACCGGAGCAUGAAUGCAGACAAACCUUUCAGUUUACCCAAUAUCAUGGGCAUUGAAAAGAAAGAUGGUUACGUCCAUUUUGACCUCAUCCAGCUCCUGGCUCUGUUUUUGCACCGUUCCAUCUUGAAAUGCCAUGGACUUUGGGACAACAAGGAAGUCUGCCUGCCUGAGUCUAAAAAGAAGAAAAAGUCCAGACGGCAGAAGAAACGCGGCAGUAAAGGCGAGGAUGAUACCAGCUCCGGUAUUGUGCCAUGGCACCUCUUCAAACAUCAGACUCCAUCAAAGAACGUUUUUAGAAAAAGAAGAGCCUCACAAAAGGCAGUUGCUGAAGGUACACCCCAAAAGAAGGAAUCCAAAAGCAGAUGGAAUUGUUUCAAACGGGACCCUAAAAAAAAGCGCCUGUCAGUGAAGGAGAGACUGAAGCAAGAGUGGAUCAAACUGAAAAAGCUGACAGUAAAAAUAGCGCUGCAAAUCUACCUGCCGAUCAGACAGUUCUUCUAUGAUAUCAUACACCCAGAGUACAGCCCGGUUUGUGAUGUCUAUGCCAUCAUGUUCCUGGUGGAUGUGAUCAAUUUCAUUAUUGUUAUCUUCGGGUACUGGGCAUUUGGGAAACACUCGGCUGCAGCAGAUAUCACGGAGUCCCUGUCGGAGGACCAGGUACCUGAAGCCUUCCUUGUGAUGCUUCUCUUACAAUUCGGCACCAUGAUUGUUGACAGAGCCAUCUACCUGCGCAAAACAAUGUUCGGCAAGUGUGUGUUCCAGGUUGUCCUGGUGUUUGGGAUUCACUUCUGGAUGUUCUUUAUCCUACCUGGUGUCACAGAAAGGAGAUUUAACACAAAUCAUGUAGCCCAGCUGUGGUACUUUGUCAAGUGUUUGUAUUUUGGUCUGUCUGCAUAUCAAAUCAAGUGCGGCUAUCCUAACCGAGUCCUGGGAAACUUUCUGACAAAGAGUUACAACUGCAUCAACCUCUUCCUCUUCCAGGGUUUCCGAAUGGUCCCCUUCCUGACUGAGAUGAGGGCUGUGAUGGAUUGGAUAUGGACUGACACGACCCUCAGCCUGUCCAGCUGGAUCUGUGUGGAGGAUCUCUAUGCCAAUAUCUUCAUUAUGAAGUGCUGGAGGGAAUCUGAGAAGAAAUACCCAGAGCCUCCAGGACAGAAGAAAAAGAAAAUUGUCAAGUAUGGAAUGGGAGGAGUUAUUAUUUUUGCUCUGAUCUGUAUUGUUUGGUUCCCACUCCUGUUUAUGUCACUGGUGAAAUCUGUGGCCGGGGUGACCAAUCAGCCUCUGGAUGUCUCCAUUCAGAUUAGCAUCAGUGGUUAUGAGCCACUGUUUACUAUGAGUGCACAGCAGCACAACCUGGUCCCCUUCUCCCAGGGAGCAUAUGAUCAGCUGACAUACAGUUACGCCUUACAUCCUUCUGCCAUGCAGUUUAUAGUUAAUUACAUGCCGGAGGACAUUGUUACUGCCAAAAUAAAGAGCAAUGCCAGCCUCCUGUGGACCAUUAGCCCGUCGAGCCGAGAGGCCAUGAUUGAGGAGCUAUCUGAAUCCACUCAGAUCUACUUUGAUAUUCACUGGAGCAUCCUGAGGUACAGAGGAGGCAUAUGCAAAUGCCAGGAACUACUGUAUUGUGUAUACAAUAACAUGAUUGUUGUGUUAUGUUCCAGGAAUGCGUCUAUUGUAAAGAGUGCAGAAAGCUUGGGGAAACACACGGUGUGUUAUGACGAUGUUGAAACCCGGGACCAGAUUGUUCAGAUGCUGAGAGGAGAAAGGAAAGAGCCAGUGAUGUUAAAGAACAUUUUACCCAAGCACCUUAGAGCAAACGCUGGGCCUGAGGUGAAAAUUGCUCACCGUCUACAGACAGACUAUUCCGAGAAGCCGGAAGACAUCCAGAAAUUUGCCUUCUUCCGAAAUUUAACCAUGAAGCUGCAGCAGCAGUCUGUUAACAGCACGUCAGGCCAGGUGACGGAGUGGUGGGUGAUUCAGGAGUGGCAACCAGCGUGUGGGGCAGGCUGUGCUAAGAAUAUAGAAAUCAUCAUAUACAAUGAUAAAGCCAGUCCUCAGAGCCUGGGAUUCCUAGCUGGAUACGGCAUCGUGGGCCUUUACAUGUCCGUCGUUUUGGUCAUUGGCAAAUUCAUCCGAGAGUUCUUCAAUGGGAUCUCACGCUCCAUCAUGUUUGAGGAACUACCCAAUGUGGACCGCAUAUUAAAACUUUGCACAGACAUCUUCUUGGUGCGAGAGACGGGAGACUUGGACCUGGAAGAACAACUGUUUGCCAAACUGAUAUUCCUCUACAGAUCUCCUGAGACCAUGAUCAAAUGGACCAGAGAACGACAUGACGAGUGA